AGAUAAACGCAAAGUGCUGGAGUAACUCAGUAUCUGUGUAGUCCACAGCGAUGGGUGACGUCUCGGGACCUUGGUGGGAAAGCAGAAGUUAAAAGCGACCGAAAUAAAAUAACAAGAGUUUGUUUUCCUCUCUCUCUCUCUCUGUGCCAACGAGGAUGAGGAAGAACUGGUCUUUUAGACCGCACCCACCGCCAGUCCGGCCACGCUAACUGUACAUUUGCAUUUGCAGACACUCCUUCUUCUAUCUCAGCUGAACACAGACUGCGAGAGCACUGAGCUCGCUGGCUGGCAGUUGCAGUUGCAAUUCAGUGCCUGCACUUUGCGUGGACAAGGGAGGAGGGGAGUGUAAGUCACCAGCUCCCGUUUGCUGCCGAUAUCUGGGCUGCCGGUGGAACUAUAACCCCAGGGAAGGUGGGGAGGCGAGAGAGAGAGAGAGAAAGACAAGAAGGAAACAAAUAGAACAAUCGUGUGAGCAGCAGAAGUCUGCAGAGCGAAGUUUUUUAUUUGGAAGUUGGCUGGCAACUACUUGCCCGGGGUUCCGCCGGCGAUGAGACUCACUGUUCGCUCCUCUUGGGUGUGAUGAUCAGUGGGAACGGAGAUGCCUUAUGUGGAUCGGUACAGUCGUGUCUGUGGGUUCCUGGACAUCGAGGAGGUCGAGGGCAGCGGGAAGUUCCUGCGGCGAUACUUCAUCUUGGACACGUCGGACAACGCGCUCCUGUGGUACAUGGACAACCCCCAGAACUUGCCACCUGGAACUCAGUACGUCGGCAGCCUACAGCUACCAUACAUCUCCAAGAUCAGUGAAGCUACAGCGAAACAGAAACCAAAAGUUGAAUUUUGCUUUGUCAUAAAUGCAGGCUUACGUCGGUACUUCCUCCUGGCGAAUGACAAGAAGGAUCUCCUUGACUGGGUGGAAGCAUUGAACAAGUCCUGCAAGAUUACAGUGAAUGGAGGAGAAGGUCAGGAGGGCACUGAGCCGCCCACGCACAGCGUCCUGAAACGUUCCGUUAGCGGCAUUCCCGUGUCGGGGAACAAGCCGGCGUGGGGGCCACAGGUGUACAAGAGCGGCUACUGCGUGAAGCAGGGCAUUGUGAGAAAAAGUUGGAAGAGGAGAUACUUCAUACUCGACGAGAACUCGUUCAGUUACUUCAAAUGUGAAACGGAAAAAGAACCUUUACGAGCGAUCCCACUAAAGGACAUUCAGAGAGCUCAGGACUGUAGCUGCAGCCAAGCCCUGAUGAGGGAUAAUUUAUUUGAAUUGGUGACGGCGACCAGAACAUUCUAUGUUCAGGCCGACAGUCCCGCGGAGAUGGACAGCUGGAUAAAGGCAGUCAACCAGGCGAUUAAGCUACAGAAGGUUCCAAGCAAUGCCACAGUGGUCCCGGCUCCAGGAUCCUUCACCGGCAGGACCGUCCCGGCGAUGACGGCCGACCCAGCCGCCCCACCGGCCCCGGCUUCUGCCGACGAGAAACGGCCCCUGGCCAAGUCGUCCUCCGUGGUGCCGUCGUGGCAGCCCUGGACCCCGGUGCCAACCACCACCACCACCACCACCAAGCCGCCCGGCACCAGCACACCGGCGGAGGAAGCCGGAGGGCACCACGACCACCCGCAGUCCCCCACCACGCCGCCGGCCCGCGUGAACGGGCAAGACCAGCGGCGCAGACACCGCUCCCAGCCCGCGCCGCACAAAGAACGCCACUUCGAUUACAAGCUGGACGAUGACGGGAUUCGAACCACCGACGUCUAGCCGAUAUCCUCCUGCGGUUCGCCAUCCUUAGCUUUCACCGCCCAGGCAUGGGGUGCCUCUUGUACAUAGCUUAGCCCGGCUGGCAUCGCUGUGCCCGCUGGUGUUUGGAUGAACUGUGACAGUGCGUUGGAGAGAACAGCUGAGAGAAGGCUGGACAACGAACCUCUGUAUUGGACUUCAUAUUCUCACAGCGGCUUGAGUUAUUGCACAGACCUGUUUACUUGUGUUUACCACCUGUGUUUCGGGGUGUGUGUGUGGGGGGGU